AUGGACAAGGUUCAAAGCUCUUUCACUUUUUUAUUUUUGUUUUUAAUGGAAUGGCCACUUUGUGUAUGCUUGUCUUAUGCAGGUGACAGGAAGAAUGGUACACCGGAGCCUACAAAUAAGGGCUUUAUAGCAUAUUCGCUGUCCCCGAACACCAACAGCAGGAAUGCAGUGAUGAUUCCGCGAAGACAUGCUCUUGUCCAAGUAAUCACACUGGCAUGUGUUGUCUUAAGCAUGGCCCUGGUAUGUGGAAUCGCUGUUUCCUAUAUGAUAUAUCGACUGGUACAGACUGAAGAAAAGCAACAACUUGCAUUGCUUUAUCAAAAUAUCGAGAUACCAUCAUUAGAAGAUGAAGAGAAGGGCUUCCAGGACGAGGACCAAGACGAGUCCAAGUACCUACUUCCAGAGAAUGAGAAGGAACUGGCGAAUUUCAUUAAUUCAGUUAUGAGAUCAAAAAGAAGACAACAUAUUGAAAAGACAAGAUUGGAGAGCAAGCAAAAUUAG